CGUCAAAAUUAAAAUGUUCAUUCCAAAGUUUUUUAUUUUGUCUCCCUAAGUAUUUAUUAACUUGUCUAAUUUUGAUUUUGAUUGGUCCACAUAUCUUUUUAAUUUUAUACUUUAGAAAGAAGAAGAAACAGAAUACACAAAACAUAGUUAAACCACAUUAAGCUGUCUCGAUCCCAUUCCUUAGGGUGUCAGGUCACGGUCGACAUAAAAACAUCUUUUCCAUCCAAUAUUUACCGGUUUCGUUUCACCGGAUUUGGGCUCUCCGGCGACGGAGAAUAGCCACCAUCUCCGUAGGUCAGCUUUCUUUUUUUUUCUUCUCUUUCCUCUCUCUCAUAUCUCUGUAUGAUUGGCCGAGGUGUAGGGAGCUCUGGCCGCCGGCAAAAAAAAUAGGUUAACUAAAUUUGGUGUGUUCUCGGUUUUUGUUAACAGCAACGAGACGAAAUUAGAGGAAAUUGAAUUGAGCUUUAAGAAAACAGUAUACUUGAUAGCUGAGGAACAAGAGAAGUGACAAGGGUGAUUGAAAAGUUGAAGGACUCAGAUGGGAAGCAGAAGCGGAGAACAAGGAAAGCGAAUGGCGGAACUGAGCAAAAAUCUUAAAGAAGGUGAGAGGAUUCUGGAGCCCACACGUAGACCUGAUGGUACUCUCCGGAAACCCAUUCGGAUUCGACCUGGAUAUACUCCAGAAGAUGAAGUUGUCAAAUAUCAGUCCAAAGGUUCUCUGAUGAAGAAGGAGAUGGCCUCACAAGGGCCUCCAGGUUAUGAACCUGAUCCAGCUCCUAAACCAAAGACUAAAGCUGCUAAGAGGAACGAACGUAAAAAAGAGAAGCGAUUACAGGCUACUGCAGAAAAAGCUAACAGCUCUGAGGAUGGAUCAGCUAGUAAUGGAUCCCAAUCGGUGAAUGUAUUGGCUUCUGAAAUGGAGGCUUUGGACGUUUCGUCAAAUAAUGAUGUAUGUGGGGGAGCACCUAAUCCAGGAACCACAGGAGAAGACGUAGAGAAAAGAAUCCGCGCACUUAAGAAGAAAAUCCGACUCACAGAAGCUCAACAGCAGAAGACUGCUUCCCGAGACCUAAACCCAGAGCAGUUAGAGAAAUUCUCUAAGUUGGAAGAAUGGAGGCAAGAACUCAAGGCUCUGGAGGAUAAGGCGGCUUAACUUGCUGCAGCAUCAACAUGAAUUGUCUAACUUUUAGGCAGGCUGCAGUUUCUCUCAUGAAAUUUCUGGAACCAAUCCAAAUUUGUAUCAAUGAAAAGAAGGCUGUUGUUACUUGUUAGGUUUUGUCAGAUCUGAUUAAUGAACUUGGCGCAAUGCCUGAAUCUUCAUGGGAAUUGAUUUCACAUUGUGUUUGCGUUUGGUCCUAAUCUAAAGAAUAUGAUUCCAAACUGAUGAUAUAAUUGUAAAGCCGUUGUAGCAAACAUCACUUGAUCAAUCAUUCACUUCCAUCUGCAUACAUGUAGUAACAUCACCCGAUGAAGGUGGAGUGCAUGCUGAAACGGUGUAGAGUUCGAUCCUAAAGCUUUUGUGAGUUCAUGAAGAUGUCUACGUAUUUGUAGACCCAACGACAUAGGUACAUAUACAUACACAUGUAGUCAUAUCUAUGAUUCUGCUUACAU